GGCUGAUACGCUGAAAAGUCAGUACGCGCGCGGGAUAGUUUCAAUCAUGGCAGAGUGUCGACGACAACAACGACGAUGACGACGAGGCAGGCGGCAUAUGCCUCCGUGUUCGCGUUUAUAUCUAUAUCCGCGCCUGUUGCGCCUGACUACCCCUCUCUUUACAUUAGCCCUCUCUCUUUACCACCCUCCGCCGCCGCCCUGUACGCCGCCUUUCACCCGAUCACCCUCUUUCACCGCUUCUCUUCCGUAUCCCUCCUUUCUCCACGCUUGACGGUUUGAUACAUCCCUGCGGAUCGUGCGGGAGCGAAGGGAGAGCUCUCGCACCCUUCCACCCAAGCCGACCUUCCACCCUCCGAUGCUCUCCCUCCGCAUCCCAUCACUGCCGAUGCCGAGUGGAGUCGUGGACUGCGCGCGAGUCAGUUACCGAGAUAGUGGCGACCAUAUACUACAGAGCAGCACCAGCACCAGCAGCAGCAGCAGCAGCAACAGCACAGCGGUGACAGUAGUAGCAGCAGCAACAGCAGUAGCAGCAACUGGCCCGGUCAGCAGCCACUUGUCUGCUGACCGACGCCGCGGCAGCUCGGCAGGAUCCCUAGCGACUACCUGUGCGAUUGCCGAGUGCCACCUGAUGGGAAUUAGGAACGUGGCGCCGGUAGCGUGCACUAAUUAGCGCGACGGUUAAUUGCCGAGGAGCCACCAACUGCCGAGAGCAACUGACCGCACGCGUGCGCGCCCCGUGUCGACGUGACCAGCUGCAGCCUGUUACAAAGCGGCCGAUUAUGACCAGAACCUUCUAAGUGCUAGUUCAAUUUGCCUCGGAGAAAAACGGUUUUCAUGUGGCUUCCGGAUGCUGCGGUACUUUUCUACAAACACUAUAUUUAUCAGAUUAAAGACAGACUGAUUCUACGCGAAGAGAGAAAGCGGAGAGAGAAAGAAAAAGCGAAGAAAAAAGAAGAGCAAACGGCACGUUGCAGACAAAAUAACUCGCAGCGAAAUGGAUGAACCAAUAACACGAAGUGGUAGAUGGGUUUGCCCGAAUGAUCGAGAAUUAGCAUUACGAGCAAAAUUGCGGACAGGAUGGUCUGUGAAAACGGGAUCUUUCGAAUCCCGUGGAUGGGGACAAUAUCCAAAUUCCUGCACGAGCAGUUCCAAUCGUUAUGGACAAUCUUACUUGCUCAGUGACGAUGAACGGAAAGCUAUUAUUCAGAUAUUUUCACAGGUGAUACAAAGGGCCGAGGCUCUGGAUCUGUCGGAGCAAGAGCGAGUCGGUAGACUCGUUGAGAGAUUGGAGAACAUGAAGCGAAACGUGUGCAUUGUGACGUCGACCAGGUCGAACGAGAGACGUGGUUGCGGACGUCGGUGCUCCGGUGGAGCUCGUUGCGUCUGUGCUUGUGCGCUCUGUGGCGAAAAGUUCGGCGCCGUGCUGGGGGCGAGCGCGAAUCUCUGCAAAGACUGCCGCAAAUACAUCUGCGAGAAGUGCGGCAUCGAGGCCACUAGACUUAAUCCAUCGAAAGCGAGCGGCGACGGAGAUGACACGACUACUUCAUCGCGCAGUUCGUUACGCGUCGUGAGAUUCGCUCAGGAACGAGCGGGCGUCCAAAGAAUCGUUCAAAGAUCCCAUGGUAAUGCACAGAAGCAGUUCCUCUGUCGAAUUUGCGCCGAGACCAGAGAGAUGUGGAAGAAAAGCGGCGCCUGGUUCUUCAAAGGCAUGCCGAAGUAUAUUCUACCGGAGAAGAAGGAACGGGGGUGGUCUCGACCUGGUCACAGGACGUCAACAUGGACGAUAGGCGGCCCAUGCAAGUCCUUGGACUCAACCGAUGCUCAGGAUUCCUCAUCCGAUGACGAUGUAACACGACGACUCGUAAUAACGCGCGGUCACUCGCCUACAAAUCUGUCAAGCAAUCGUGAAAGCACCCCUACCAAGCUGACAAUUUCAAGUCCUGCGACCAGUACCUCGUCACCGCGAAGUCCUCGAGGAAGGCCGAAUGGUUUGUCGCCUUCGGGCUAUCGCGAGGAUGCCAGCUCCGAUAGGCUGGACAAGUCCUGUCUCUCGAUCGCGUCUCAAUGCAGCCGACUCUCGCCCACGGGCUCAAUCGGCACCUUUCGCUCGAGGGCAAGCGGCAGGAGCCCGAACGAACAGGUGGAGCAACGCGUGUCUUUUGAAGAUAUUCUCGUAGAUGACGAGAAGGCUAAUGAGGCGGAUGACGACGAGGAGGAAGACACCGAGGGGGCUCGCAAGGAAGCUUCCACAUCUCUAGACCGAUCGAAGGGCUCUCAGGUACAAUCUCUCAGACUAAAGGCACCGACGAUAGCGACGACGUCGACCACGCCGGCCGAGCAGUUCCAGACUGUAGGCAGGAUUCUCCAAGAAAAGAACGCAGAACGGGAAGCGAGCAGGUCCUGCUCGGAUCAAGACAGCUCUUCCAGCACUCGCAGCAGCAGCCAAGCGAGGACGUCAAGGACCCUGGAAUAUCCACAAGAAACGGGACAAGAUUAUGGAACUCUCGAAGCCUCCUUGCGAUACGACCCGGCAGAUCAGUGCCUCCAGUGCAAGGUGGAACGUGCACGUCGUCUAAGGUCCAUGGAUAUACAAGGCCUAGCCGAUCCCUUUUGCAAGCUGAACAUACUGCCCGUCGGGAAGGUAUCGACGAGCAGGCGACUGCGAACGAAGACGGUGCACAAGACGCGCGACCCCGAGUUCAACGAGACGGUGAACUUUUACGGAACGACGGAAACCGACAUCUCGACCGGCAAGGCAUUGCACAUCCUAAUCAUCCAGGACGACCCCUCGGGCCAGGAUUUCCUGGGAGAGGCGAGAUUUCCCUUACAAGAAUUGCUACCAUAUCAAACGAAGCAUUACAAAGUUUCUCUGCAAGCUCAUUAUCCAGUGGACAACGAAGAGGAGACUUGGGGCAUGUGUUCAAGCGGUCGCGGGCAGAUCCAGAUAAGUCUGAGCUAUUGCACGCGUCGCCGCGCGUUAUUGGUCACGGUGCACUGUGCCACGAAUCUCCUGCCCAUGGACAGCAACGGGUUUUCUGACCCGUUCGUCAAACUGGCACUCGUCGAGGAUGCGACCGACAAUCAUCGGCAGCAACAGUCCGUAGAGUGUUCAUCAAGCGCUCGCGCUACUGCCAAAAGGCUGACCGGGAAGAAGACGGCUGGCCGCGGCUCGCAGAGCACGAGCAUCAAGCGGAAGACACUGAAUCCAAAGUGGAACGAAGAGUUCGUUUUCGCGACUCGCUUGACGGAGCUGAUGAAGCUGACGCUAUGCCUAUCGGUGUGGGACAAAGACUUCGGCAAGAGUAACGACUACCUGGGCGGUCUCAUGCUAGGUUGCGUCAGCAAAGGGGCGCGUUUGCGACACUGGUUGGACGCGAUCAGGUUCCCGGAUCAUCGGCACUUGGCGUGGCACAAUCUGGCGGAGAUGGACGUACCAAUGGAAUGAUAGCUCCGUUUCGACGAUCGAAAAGCAGGUCAAGAUUAAACGCACGAAGUAUGCGGGCUUUGUCGACAUGUUGUACACAUUUACACGGAUAUACGCACACGCAUACGCAACAUAUAGUAUACAUGGCGCGCGUGUUACCGAUCUGUGUGUGAUUUAUCGUUGCUCAAAACAAUUAAGUAUUAUAAAGCAUUAAGAGGUUGAUACGAAAAUAAAGAAGCUGCGAGCCUUCCUUCUAUCAUAA